AUGAUUUUCACAAUUUCAACUUCCUUAUUUUCUCUCAUACAUUUUUCUUGCUUAUUUCUUCUUCUUUUUUACUUCUGCUUCUAUUUUUGCUUUCAUUUGACAAUUAAGUUGAAACUGUUUUCUCUCUCUCCCCCUUCGUCUCGAUAUAGCAGCACUUUUUUACAUCUUUUCUUUCUUUCUUUCUUUCUUUCUUUCUUUCUUUCUUUCUUUCUUUUUCCCAUGAUGACAAUUAAGUUGAAACUGUUUUCUCUCUCCCCCCUUCGUCUCGAUAUAGCAGCACUUUUUUUGCAUCUUUUUCUUUCUAUCUUUCUUUCUUUCUUUCUUUUUUUUCCUAUGAUUGAAACUGUUUUCUCUCUCUCCCCUUCGUCUCGAUAUAGCAGCACUUUUUUUUACAUCUUUUCUUUCUUUUCUUUCUUUCUUUCUUUCUUUCUUUUUUUUCCUAUGAUGACAAUUAAGUUGAAACUGUUUUCUCUCUCUCCCCCUUCGUCUCGAUAUAGCAGCACUUUUUUACAUCUUUUCUUUCUUUCUUUCUUUCUUUCUUUCUUUCUUUUUCCUAUGACAGCACUUUUUUACAUCUUUUCUUUCUUUCUUUCUUUCUUUCUUUCUUUUUCCUAUGAGUAUCUCUUUAUGAGUAUCUCUUUUCUCGCUUUCUUUUUUCUUCUUCUAAAAGCGUCUGCAGCACUUUUUUUACAUCUUUUCUUUUCUUUCUUUUCUUUCUUUCUUUCUUUCUUUCUUUUUUUUUCCUAUGAGUAUCUCUUUUAUGAGUAUCUCUCUUUUCUCGCUUUUUUUUCUUCUUCUAAAAGCGUCUGGUCUAGGGGCUUGAGGACAAUUAAGUUGAAACUGUUUUCUCUCUCUCCCCUUCGUCUCGAUAUAGCAGCACUUUUUUUUUCAUCUUUUUUCUUUCUUUUUCUUUCUUUCUUUCUUUCUUUCUUUUUUCCUAUGAUUGAAACUGUUUUCUCUCUCCCCCCUUCGUCUCGAUAUAGCAGCACUUUUUUUACAUCUUUUCUUUCUUUCUUUCUUUCUUUCUUUCUUUUUUUUCCUAUGACAGCACUUUUUUUACAUCUUUUCUUUCUUUCUUUCUUUCUUUCUUUUUCCUAUGACUAUCUCUUUUAUGAGUAUCUCUUUUCUCGCUUUCUUUUUCUUCUUCUAAAAGCCAGCACUUUUUACAUCUUUUUCUUUCUUUCUUUCUUUCUUUCUUUUUUUCCUAUGAUUGAAACUGUUUUCUCUCUCUCCCCUUCGUCUCGAUAUAGCAGCACUUUUUUUUACAUCUUUUCUUUUCUUUCUUUUCUUUUCUUUCUUUUUUCUUUUUCCUAUUUCCUAAGAGUAUCUCUUUAUGAGUAUCUCUUUUCUCGCUUUCUUUUUCUUCUUCUAAAAGCCGUCUGGUCUAUGAGUUAUCUCUUUUCUCUCUCUCCCCUUCGUCUCGAUAUCUCUUUUUUUCGCUUUCUUUCUUUUCUUUUCCUUGAGUAUCUCUUUAUAGUUGAAACUGUUUUCUCUCCCCCUUCGUCUCGAUAUAGCAGCACUUUUUUAUCUUUUCUUUUCUUUUUCUUCUUUCUUUCUUUCUUUCUUUCUUUCUUUUUUCCUAUGAUUGAAACUGUUUUCUCUCUCUCCCCUUCGUCUCGAUAUAGCAGCACUUUUUUACAUCUUUUUCUUUCUUUUUCUUUCUUUCUUUUUCCUUUCUUUUAUGAGUAUCUUUUUUCUUUUCCUUUUUUUCUUCUUCUAAAGCUGACAAUUAAGUUGAAACUGUUUUCUCUCUCUCCCCUUCGUCUCGAUAUAGCAGCACUUUUUUUACAUCUUUUUUCUUUUUCUUUCUUUCUUUCUUUUUCCUAUGAGUAUCUCUUUAUGAGUAUCUCUUUUCUCCUUUCUUUUCUUUCUUCUUCUUCUAAGCUGACAAUUAAGUUGAAACUGUUUUCUCUCUCUCCCCCUUCGUCUCGAUAUAGCAGCACUUUUUUACAUCUUUUCUUUCUUUCUUUCUUUCUUUCUUUUUCCUAUGAGUAUCUCUUUAUGAGUAUCUCUUUUCUCGCUUUCUUUUUUCUUCUUCUAAAAGCGUCUGUGACAAUUAAGUUGAAACUGUUUUCUCUCUCCCCUUCGUCUCUCGAUAUAGCAGCACUUUUUUUUCAUCUUUUUCUUUUCUUUCUUUCUUUUCUUUCUUUUCUUUCUUUUUCCUAUGAGUAUCUCUUUAUGAGUAUCUCUUUUCUCACUUUUCUUUUUCUUCUUCUAAAAGCGUCUGCAGCACUUUUUUACAUCUUUUCUUUCUUUCUUUCUUUCUUUCUUUCUUUUUCCUAUGAGUAUCUCUUUAUGAGUAUCUCUUUUCUCGCUUUCUUUUUUCUUCUUCUAAAAGCGUCUGUGACAAUUGUUGAAACUGUUUUCUCUCUCUCUUCCCCUUCGUCUCGAUAUAGCAGCACUUUUUUUACAUCUUUUCUUUCUUUCUUUCUUUCUUUCUUUCUUUCUUUUUCCUAUGAGUAUCUCUUUAUGAGUAUCUCUUUUCUCGCUUUCUUUUUUCUUCUUCUAAAAGCCAGCACUUUUUUACAUCUUUUCUUUCUUUCUUUCUUUCUUUCUUUCUUUCUUUCUUUCUUUCUUUUUCCUAUGAUUGAAACUGUUUUCUCUCUCUCCCCCCUUCGUCUCGAUAUAGCAGCACUUUUUUUACAUCUUUUCUUUUCUUUCUUUCUUUCUUUCUUUCUUUUUUCCUAUGACAGCACUUUUUUACAUCUUUUCUUUCUUUCUUUCUUUCUUUCUUUCUUUUUUCCUAUGAUGACAAUUAAGUUGAAACUCUUUUCUCUCUCUCCCCCUUCGUCUCGAUAUAGCAGCACUUUUUUUCAUCUUUUCUUUCUUUCUUUCUUUCUUUCUUUUUCCUAUGAGUAUCUCUUUAUGAGUAUCUCUUUUCUCGCUUUCUUUCUUUCUUCUUCUAAAAGCGUCUGGUCUAGGGGCUUGAGGACAAUUGUUGAAACUGUUUUCUCUCUCUCCCCUUCGUCUCGAUAUAGCAGCACUUUUUUACAUCUUUUCUUUCUUUCUUUCUUUCUUUCUUUCUUUUCCUAUGACAGCACUUUUUUACAUCUGUUCUUUCUUUCUUUCUUUCUUUCUUUUUCCUAUGAGUAUCUCUUUAUGAGUAUCUCUUUUCUCCUUUCUUUUUCUUCUUCUAAAAGCGUCUGGUCUAGGGGUUUGAGGACAAUUAAGUUGAAACUGUUUUCUCUCUCCCCCCUUCGUCUCGAUAUAGCAGCACUUUUUUACAUCUUUUCUUUCUUUCUUUCUUUCUUUCUUUUUCCUAUGAUUGAAACUGUUUUCUCUCUCCCCCUUCGUCUCGAUAUAGCAGCACUUUUUUUACAUCUUUUUUUUCUUUCUUUCUUUCUUUCUUUCUUUUCCUAUGACAGCACUUUUUUACAUCUGUUCUUUCUUUCUUUCUUUCUUUCUUUUUCCUAUGAGUAUCUCUUUAUGAGUAUCUCUUUUCUCGCUUUCUUUUUUCUUCUUCUAAAAGCGUCUGGUCUAGGGCAGCACUUUUUUUUCUCUUUUCUUUCUUUCUUUCUUUCUUUCUUUCUUUCUUUUUCCUAUGAGUAUCUCUUUAUGAGUAUCUCUUUUCUCGCUUUCUUUCUUUCUUCUUCUAAAAGCCUCUGGUCUAGGGGGGUUCGGCUGAUAGAUAAAUCGAAGCUGUCUUCUCUCUAUCUCUUUUUUGUACAGCAUUCCGCGUACGUCGUAGUUGUUUUCUCAGAAUCCAAACAUUGA